CGUGGGCCGCGGUGUUUUAGUCAGGACCGGGUCAGGGCCGUGUGGCGCCUGGGAGUCUCAGUGGGAGGCGGGAAAUAAACUUUGUAAUAGAGUGACGUUCUUUCUGACGGUUUUGUUUGGGGCUAAAAAUGUAAUACAUGCGACACGCAUACAAACGAGCCCACUAAGAAGGCUUAACGGUGGUUUUUAGUAGAAAGUAAAAAGCACCCCUAAAAACGCGGGUUUGGCCCCAGGCUCCCUCUGCAGCUUCAGGGGCUGCAGCAGCAGUUUCUGGGAUGUGUCCCGGUCUGGAGCGCCGCCCUCAGACAGCGGCUCACAGAAUCUGACAGACGGACUGAGAAAGUCGUUUUUCCUCACAGCUCCUAAUUUCAGCGACGACUCUGGAAGGCGGGAGAGUUCAGGUUAGGGUUUUAAGAAUGGGCAUGACGGUGCGGGCCAAGCCGAGGGUGUAGCCACAUCUGGCAGAGCGAGCUGAGCGACGCGGAGCAGGAGCCUCAGCACACCAAGACAUCUGCUGCAGAGGGGAAGAUGGGAAAGAUGGAGGAGGAGAGCGACAAUGUCGGGAAGUUGUUUGAGAACUUUAUCCAGGCCUCCACCUGUAAAGGGACUCUGCAGGCCUUUAACGUCCUCUGCAGACGUUUGGACCUUGACCCGGCGAACCACAACACUUUCUACUGCAGCCUGAAGGCAAAGGUCACCUCUUGGAAGGCCAAAGCACUUUGGAGCAAGUUAGACAAAAGGAUAUCCCACAAAGAGUACAAGAAAGGUCAAGCUUGUAUGGGGACAAAGUGCCUCAUCAUCGGAGGAGGCCCGUGUGGCUUGCGGACCGCCAUCGAGCUUGCCUUGAUGGGCGCCAAGGUGGUGGUGAUUGAGAAGAGGGAUUCGUUUUCAAGGCACAACGUGCUCCAUCUUUGGCCCUACACCAUCCAUGACCUGCGGGGCCUCGGGGCCAAAAAGUUCUAUGGAAAGUUCUGUGCCGGAGCCAUCGACCACAUCAGCAUUCAGCAGUUGCAGCUCAUCCUCCUGAAGGUGGCUCUGAUCGUUGCAGUGGAGUUUCACAUCAACGUGGAGUUUGUCAAGCUGCUGGAGCCUCCAGAAGAUCAGCAAAAUGAAGCGAUUGGGUGGAGGGCCGCAAUCCGACCUGCAGAUCACCCAGUGGCUGGCUUUGAGUUUGAUGUGGUGGUUGGGGCCGAUGGGCGGAGAAACACGCUGGAAGGUUUCAAAAGGAAAGAGUUCAGAGGUAAACUGGCAAUCGCCAUCACAGCCAACUUCAUCAACAGGAACACAACUGCGGAGGCGAAAGUGGAGGAGAUCAGCGGAGUGGCCUUCAUUUUCAACCAGAAGUUCUUUCUUGACCUCAAAGAGGAGACAGGCAUUGAUCUGGAGAACAUUGUCUAUUACAAGGACAACACACAUUACUUUGUCAUGACGGCAAAGAAACAGAGUCUGCUGGACAAAAAAGUUGUGAUCAAUGAUUACAUGGACACUCAGAUGCUGCUGAGCAGCGAAAAUGUCAACCAGGAAGCCCUUCUGAGCUACGCCCGAGAAGCUGCUGACUUUGGCACCAACUAUCAACUUCCCACACUCGAUUACGCCAUGAAUCACUGCGGGCAGCCAGAUGUGGCCAUGUUUGACUUCACAAGCAUGCAUGCGUCUGAGAACGCCGCUCUGGUCAGGGAGAGAUCCGGACACCAACUGCUGGUGGCGCUGGUUGGUGACAGUCUGCUGGAGCCCUUCUGGCCAAUGGGGACUGGUUGUGCCAGAGGUUUCCUGGCUGCGUUUGAUACGGCCUGGAUGGUAAAGAGCUGGGCUGAAGGCCGGACGGUUCUGGAAGUUCUGGCAGAAAGGGAGAGUAUUUACCGACUUCUACCGCAAACUACUCCUGAAAACAUUGCCAAAAACUUUGACCAGUACACUAUAGACCCUUCAACCCGCUUCCCCAACCUCAACUCCUCAUGCGUUAGACCUCAUCAAGUGCGUCACCUGUACGUCACUGGAGAGCUAAAUUCCUGCUCCCUGGAGCGUGCUGCUACCAUACGACGGCCUGUCAAUCUCUACAGACGAGAGUCUGAGAUCCGGCCAUCGCGGCUCCUGUCCUGGUGCCAGAAACAGACCGAGGGCUACAGGAAUGUCUCCAUCACAGACCUGGCGUCGUCUUGGAGAAGUGGCAUCGCCCUGUGUGCCCUCAUUCACAGAUUUAAACCCCAGCUGAUAGACUUUGACUCUUUAAAUGAGGAAGACCACACUGCGAACCUCCAGCAAGCUUUCGACAUCAGCGAUCGGGAAUUCGGGAUUCGCCCUUUCACUUCUGCGUUGGACCUGAGCGCUGGCGAGGAACUGGACAAAACCAGGAUGAUUGCUUACUUAUCGAAGUUCUACGAGCUUUUCCGUGGGACUCCUCUUCCUUCGUCGGAUUCCAGAAGAGUGGAUGAAAACAAUGAAGAAUAUCCCUCAGAGGAAGUCAAAGCUAAUAAUAAAGAUCUCAAUCUUGCACUGACAAGGAAGCGGGUACCAAAGGAUGAGAAGAAGUCGGACGGUACAGACUCUGUUUACAAAAGGAGGCGAAGAUUCUUCCAUCUGGAGGAGGCCACUAACAUACGUAGUAAUGGGUCUUCAGACCAACACGAACGGGAGCCCAAAGAAAACAAAGUUCGCUCAAUGGCUUCGCAGCUACAGGCCAAGUUUGAAAACAAGAACAGCUACACAUUUCAAAAAACACAGUCAGACUGUGAGACGGUCUUGAUGGUCCCUAAUCUUAAUCAGAUUGAGUUUCGGCCUGUUACGAUCAGAUCUUCGGUCCCACCUAAGCCUUCUUCAGUGACACAGUUUGAAAAAAGUAUCAGAAAAGCGGCUGAACAGUUAGCCAACCUUCCUCCAAAGACUCUGCCAAAACCCCAACUCCGUCCUCAGCCCCUGCAUCCAUUUUUAGUCGUGAAGCUCAGACAUGUCGAUCAAACUCUCACUGAGAUGAAGCCCCAGCCUGAGCGUGAGAGUCCUGAGCCCCCCACAUCUCCUCCGUCCUGCCGCUCUGCUAUCUGUUUCAUGACAAGAGUUCUGCAUCGCCUCAGAGAGGUGGACGAACACGCAUCUGAGAAAAAAGCCCAAACACAACAAGUUAGGGAGUUUCAGACAAAGAGCAUAAAGGAAAAAGCUGUUCACCUUAGUGGACUUUUCUCAGGAGACAGUCCUCACGUUCUCCAGGGAAGUUCGAUAAGAAGGACGUUUUCCCAGUCGGCUGACAAGUGCUACUCUUGCUCCAAGCGUGUUUACAUGGUUGAGAGGGUCUGUGCUGAGGGGGUCUAUUUCCACCGGGAAUGUUUCCGGUGUUCCACCUGCAACUGCUCUCUCCCACAGGGAGCGCAUGCGUUCAACUCAGAAGAAGGAAAACUCUACUGCAAGCUUCAUUUUCAUCAGCGCAACAAUGGGACGAAUCUGCGAAGGACUUUUUCUCUACCUCCAAAUCGGAAUCGAGCUCGGGAUCGAAUUGCUGCAGACGCAGAGAGCUCCCAGUCCAGCAGUUCAGCAGAGCUGGAGAGCCUGCCUGCUCUCCAGGCAGCUGACGACUUUAAUGAAGCAUUUGAAGCACACGGAUGGUUAGGAGAAAUUACAUUUUGAAGAAGCUGCCGAAGAAGAGAUGUGCAUCUUGUAGCGCCCAGGACUUCAAGUUACACCUUCAUUAUUUCUCAUUGCUGAUAACUUGGUUCUAUAGCAAUGUUAAACUGUCUGUAAGUAAUUUGUUCAUGUGCUCAUCAUCAUUGUAUGGAUGUGUUUGUUGGGCUGCUUUGAUCUAGUGUUGUACGUCAUAUGGUGGCUCUUUUAUCAUAUAACAUUAUAUUUAACAGCUUAUGCUGUUAUAUAUUUUUUCCUUGACCAAAAUGAACAAUUCUUCAUCCAUCAAUUAAAAAAACCCCAAAUCAAUGUCAGAAAUCGGCUGCUCCCCAGUUUCCUCGCUUCCGGUCACUUGGUCUGUCAAAUUUAUCCAAAACUCUGAACAUAAUGAGCAUAAAAAUAAGGACAUUGUGUAGUUAGAGAAGCUGUAUCAAUGAGAAAAGUAAAAACUGGAUAAUAAUAAAAGCUAUAGUAUUCUAAGUUUUUGUCUCUUUUUCUAAAAAACAAAACAACAACAAAAAAAAACCCAACUUAAAAUAAAAAUCCACUUAUGUUUUGAACACUGUUCAGAAAUGCACAGAAAGCCCCUGGGGUUGAACCUUCACACUUUCCACAGCAUAUAAAGACACUUUUGCAUUGUUCGUAGAAAAAAAAGUCCUUGACUUUGAAAAGAGAUGAUUUGCUAUAUGAGUGAGAAUUUUGUUUAUCCAAUUUUUCCGCAACAAGAAAAAGAAAUUCUUCUAAAUUGGAUCUAUCUAUCAGCUCAUUUUUAUUUUCUUUUUUAGGACAUAGAUCAAUGAGGACAUACAUAAAACAUCAAAAAUCAUUCACUGGUCUACAGGAAAUCCUGCUUAAUUCAAUACCAGAAGGGGGCGCUGUGCUGCCUAAUUAAAAAUCAAAACGGCGCUAUCUUCACAACUUUGAUAUCAGAUCAACAGAUUGUCAAUUUAUCAAAAACAAAAGUUAUAGCAGUAAUAAUUGUUAUCAUAAAAACAAAAUUGUUGCAAAGGAAAUUAAUCUUAAUUGAGCUUAUCAAAACUGCUUGAAGUAUUUUAUUCCAUAAAAAUAAUCAUUCGAAUUUUUUAAAGAUAUUUUUCUAAAUAAUAGUUUCUCCUUUUAUUUCACUACAAAAUAAAAAUAUUUUGAAAAGUAAAUUAAAGCCUUUGGAUUUACCUCUUGAGAUCAGUCUGAAGCACAACGCUUCCCCUGAAUUUAAAAGUCUGAGCACAGGAGACAGUUUUGAACCAGAAAGAAAUGUUUCAUUAGAAAUGUAUGUUUAAAUAUAGAAUAAUAAAAUAAUAAUAUUAAUAAUAAUUCUGGCAUCUGAUUCUAUAAUAAUCAGAUGAUUAAAAGACACAUUUUUAGACACAUUUUUACACAUUUCCUUUGUUCUAGUCACAAAAUUGGAACUGAUGCUGAUUAUGUGCUAAAGCAAAACAUUUUGUGUCUAAAUUGUUUCUUAAUGUCACAUUUCAUUUUAAUUUCCAACACACCCCACCAUAUUUUCUACCUGUGCAGAGGCAGUUUGUCACGAUGCUGAUUUGUUGUUUGAGCAACAAUGUUCUCCUGCCCACGAUGAUUCGUUUUGUGAAAGUAAAAAUAUUUGAAAUGAAAAAAGCCAUCUGUGCUUACAAUUGUUAUAAAGAUGUACAAAUAAAGAGCCCUGAAAAAGA